GAGAGCGAACAAUCCAAGAGAUGCGCCGACAUGGUCUUCCCACAUCGCCUCUGAGUUCUACUCUGAAAUCUCCUAUACAGUCUCCUGAACAUAUUAAUACAUCGUUAUCAGGAAGAUGAUGGUUUUCAGUGAGUUCCCACAUGGAUCUUUAUAAGAGCACAAGAGUAAUGAAAUAUUUGAAGUACUUGUUCCUGCGAAUCAUGAACAUUGACACAAAUUCUACCUCUGUCAACCUUUAUUUAAAUCAGUGGAUAUUUAUAUAAAAAUGUUUAGUUUAAAAGAGCCCUACAUGUAUAUUUUCAUAUAUGUGAAAAAACAAAAUAUGUAUUAAUAAUAGUGCUUAACUGAUGUAA